CGUCUCGCCCGCGGAAGGGCUGCUUUCUCCACCGUUAGCCAUGACAUUCCCGUCAACUGCCUCCAGCGCUUCGCCCAAUCCCUCCUCGCUCGCUUGGACCGCCUCGGUGGCCAGUUUCACGGAGCCUUCUUCGAACUCGAGGCUAAAGGUGUCAAGGGUACCUCGAUCCACAACCCCUCAGACGAAGAGCGUCGCCGAGAUGCUCUCGAAACCGUCCUCGACCCCCUCGACAUCACCUUGAUCCCAGACGAAGAACUUCGCACCCGUUGGUAUGUCGAUGUCGCACUCGAGGUUCAUCAGCCAGGCCACGUCAUGCAGUGGCUGACGGAUGCACACCCGAGGCUCAUACGUCACGCUCUCCCCCAUGUCAACGCAACUCGCGCCAGGGAACUCACUCGCAGCAAACUCUACGCCUGCGACCUCAGUGGUCACCUCACUGACCUCUCUGGCUUCCGCCUCGAACCCCGUUCCUAUGGCACGCGUGACCGCGUCACCUACGCCAACGUCUACACUACCGACAAAAACGUCACCUACCAGCUCAACGGUGGUCUCUUUCGUCGUCACACUUCAGUCGACCUCUAUCCUAACAAGCUGGAUAAGCUCCUUCAAGAUAUCGACGCCAUCUCGACUACUUUCCAUGACUGUGCCGGGGGCCAAGGUGUCCUUCAGGAUGGCGCCGCUCGGUUCGAGGUUCGGGUCAAUAUCGCAUAUGCACUUUUCACCCAUACCACGCUCCCGAAUGACCUCAUCCGACACUCGGUGCUGCCCAUACCAUCGCGUCUGUGGUGGUCAAGAUCCAGGUUCUUCAAGUUCUAUCGCGCCACUGCCAUCUACAGUGUCUUACAAGACAUUGCGACCACACCUCCCGAAGCACGUGCAUGGAUCUCUAGCCUUCAGCUGGGGUCUAUCUGCAUGUAUAUGCUUAAUGGCGUCAUUUACCGACCCUCUGAGCUCAAAAUCGAUGUUUCCCUCGCGAAGGCCUCUGCCCUCCGU